AUGUUGGAACAGAUCAAGGGCGCCUUGGGCGUGAUGUACUCUAACGGAUCGCAGGAUGAGAAAAAAGCUGCGACUCAGCUCCUUGAAUCAUUUCAAAAAUCAAAGGAUGCUUGGGAACCAGUCCAUUCAAUCCUAAACGAUUCAUCAUCUUCCAUUGAAUUCAAAUUGUUUGCGGCUCAAACGUUAAGGUCGAAAGUGACAUAUGAUUUGGUUCAAUUGCCUGACCAAGCGUUGGCCCAAUUGAAGGACAGCUUGAUAGAUUUGUUAAGGAAAUAUCAGGAUCAUUCCAGUAGGAUAAUAAGAACUCAAUUGUGUGUGGCAUUGUCGCAACUCUCCCUCCAAUACUUGACAUGGGAUAACGCCGUCAACGAAAUAAUUACGAAGUUAUCGGCCGACGACGGUGCCUAUAUCACUAGUUUGUUGGAAUUUUUAAAAGUAUUACCUGAAGAAUUAUCAGAUGUGAAGAAGACUUCAUUGACCGAUGAAGAAUUCAAUGUAAGAACUCAGCAAUUGAUUUCCAGCCAGGUGGAGUCUGUGUUGACCAUUCUAAGCAGUUUGGGAACUUCCAAUGCUGAAAACUCUUCAUUGAUAUUGGACUGUCUUAACUCCUGGAUUAAGGAGUGUCCUAUUGAGACAUUCUUACAAAUUUCAUCGUUAACCCAGUUGAUUUUCCAGUCCUUGUCUGACGAGAAAACUUUUGACAAGUCCAUUGAAUGCUUGUGUACCAUUUUAGUGGAAACUAGAGAUAUUGAAAAUCAUGAGUUGAUAGAUGCACUUUAUCAGCAAUUAUUACAGUUGUACUCUUUCUUCAAGGAAAAGUUGGAAAAGAAUGAGGACGAAGAGAUUUAUCAAGGCAUAACAAGACUCUUUGUAGAAGCCGGUGAGUCUUGGCACGUUUUAAUUGCUAAAAACCCGAAGCACUUCAAGCCAUUGGUUGAAAUUUUAUUACAUUGCUGUGCAUUAGGAGAGAACAACGAUUUAGACGUGGUGAAGUACACAUUUAUGUUCUGGUAUUUGUUAAAGCAGUUGAUAACAUUACCUAAAUUCGAAGAAUCCAAGGCCGAAUUUGUGUCUAUAUAUGAGAAGUUGAUUCUGAUUAUCAUCAAGCAUUUGACUUACCCUACGGAUAAUGACGACAAUAAUUUGUUUGAGGGGGAUAAAGAAGAAGAAGAUAAAUUUAAAGAGUUUAGGUACGAAAUGGGAGAUGUCUUGAAAGAUUGCUGCGCUGUUGUUGGACCAACAAGAGCAUUAAACGUUCCAUUCCAGCAAAUUCAAUCUAUCUUGAGUGGAAAUCAAUCAAACACUAAAUGGCAAUACUUGGAGGCUCCAUUGUUUUCCAUGAGAGCAAUGGCCAAAGAGGUUCCCUUGAAGGAAAAAACAAUCUUACCGAUCAUUAUGAAAUAUUUAGUAUCAUUACCGGAACACCCCAAGGUGAGGUACGCAGCAACUUUGGUUUUGGGAAGAUACACUGAGUGGACUUCAAAGAACCCAUCAUUUUUGGAACCCCAAUUAAAUUAUAUCAUCAAGGGGUUUACGGAAAACAGUGGCACAGGUAGUGCUGGAGAUAAGGAUAUUAUCGUUGCAGCUGCACAUGCAUUAAUGUUCUUCUGCCAAGACUGUUCGAAAUUACUAGUCAACUACUUGGAACAAUUAUAUUUGUUGUACGUUCAAGUGAAGGAUAAAUUGGACAUUGAGUCCGCAUAUGAACUUUCUGAUGGUUUGGCACAUGUUAUAAAGCAAUUACCAACUGAAAAUUUAUAUAAGACCAUCGAGAUGUUCAUCAAGCCAACUCUUGACAAUCUUGAACAAUUAACCAACAAUAACAACCACAAAGGUGACGAUAAAGUGAUUGCAGAUCAAGUUGAAAUUAUUACCAUGUUUAUAUCCGUUCUUAAAUGCAAGGAUUUCGAACAACCUAGCUACCCAAUUUGUGAUUAUUUCAUAAAUAGUAUCUGGCCAGUCAUAUCCAAUAUUUUAAGUAAAUUUGGUCAAUCGUUAGUAAUCAGCGAAAGAAUCUUGAAAUUGAUUAAAAAUGCAGUGCAAUCUUUCAGUACAUACUUGAUCCCUAUAUUACCAUCAAUUGCUAAUAUCUUGUACGAAGGGUUCAAAAGCACAAAGUUUGGUUGUUACUUGUGGGUUUCAGGAAUUUUAAUUAGAGAAUUUGGGGACGAGUAUACCUCAGAGGAGGUCAAAGAAUCAGUUUACCAAUUUUCCAUUCAACAAUGCCAAUUGUUUUUUGAAUUGUUGCAAAACAAUCAUGCUCAAUUGAAUUUAAUACCUGACGUGAUAGAAGAUUUCUUUAGAAUGAUGAAUGAUUUGUUAAUGUUUUUCUCAUUUAAGAUGAUUGGAAAUUUUGAAUUAUUAAAAUCUACUUGGGAGGCUUCUAUGGUCUCCUUGUCUUCUAUUGAACAAAUUGAUUCUUUGAUUGCAAUUUUGCACUAUUUAAUCGACUUUGUAUCAUGGGGUUUACCAAAUCCACCAAUUUCCUUUUUUGAAGAGGGAAUGGAAGAACAAACAAAGCAUAUCAGAUCUAUUGUGCAACAGUUUUUGUCAGUAGAUGACAAUGGAGGGCAUUUAAUGAAGGUGUUGAUCGAAGGAUUGAUUUUCAAGAAUUUUCAUAAUGACAUUCAAUUUGAUGCCAAUGAUUUAUUGAUUAAGAUUUUGAUAGUCUUACCAGAUCAAAGAAUCUCAAUAAAUUGGUUAGAGGGAGUAAUUAAGUCAUUACCAAAUGUGAACGACAAGGAAGUUGAAAAAUUGUUGAAGACUGUGAAUACUUCAUUGCCAAAUAAGGAUUUACGCAGAAUAAGAAAUUCGUUGAAGGAUUUUGUUCACUGGUAUACUAGAAAGAAUGUUCAGCCAAGAUCAGAAUUUUAA